GUUGUAAGUUCUUGUCAAAGCGCAGUUUUUCAGCCACCGACACCUGAAUGCUUAGCGACAAUCUGCUAUACGAGUGGUACUACUGGCCGUCCAAAGGGAGUCAUGCUUUCACACGAAAACAUCGUUUCGGACAGUUCAGUGAUGCACAUUUUCCAGAACGUAGUCAUUGCGCCGUCAGAUAUUGCCAUCUCGUAUCUGCCCCUUGCCCACAUGUUCGAGCGGGUCCUAGAGAAUUGCAUAUUUAUGGUCGGUGGUCAAGUCGGCUACUAUAGUGGUGACAUCAAGCAGCUGAUGGACGACAUCAAAUGUCUUCAGCCGACGUUGCUUCCGCUGGUGCCACGUGUUAUUAACCGCAUUUACGACAAGGUGUUAAUGGAGGUUAGCAAAAGUGGUCUCAAGAAGUUUCUCUUCGACUGGGCGAUCAGUUCAAAGAUGCAGGAUCUGAAGAGGGGCAUAGUUCGCACGGACACCAUCUGGGAUAAGAUCAUCUUUCGAAAAGUCCGCGAAGGACUUGGUGGUCGUGUUCGUUUUGCGCUCACCGGAAGCGCACCAACUUCCUCCGAUGUACUGACUUUUAUUCGGGUAUCUCUUGGGUGUGUAGUGCUUGAGGGUUACGGUCAGACAGAGUGCGUCGCCGCUGCAUCUGUGACACUAGAAGGCGACCAUUCGACUGGUCACGUUGGCACUCCGAUUCCGUGCAACAAAAUGAAACUUGUAGAUGUACCGGAAAUGAACUACUAUUCAAGAAAUGGGUGUGGCGAAAUAUGCAUAUGGGGGCAAAACGUUUUUCUUGGUUACUUCAAAGACCCGGAAAAGACUGCCGAAGUGCUCGACUCUGACGGGUGGCUGCACACAGGGGACAUCGGCGAAUGGACGUCUAACGGAGCUUUAAAGUUGAUCGACAGAAAAAAGCACAUAUUCAAGUUAUCUCAGGGUGAAUACAUUGCACCGGAAAAGAUAGAAAACGUCUACCUGAAGAGCAGGUUCGUGACGCAGCUUUACGUGCAUGGCGAAAGUCUGAAGUCAUGUCUGGUUGCGGUAGUCGUGCCAGAUGCCGAGGUGCUGCAGAAAUACUGCUCGAAGGACGACUCGUUGAAAAACCUGCGGUUCGACCAGUUGUGUCGAAACGAGACUGUUAAAAGAGUCAUCUUUAACGACAUGAUUGCAGAAGGUAAAAAAGGAAAGCUGUUUUCUUUCGAACAGGUCAAGGAUAUAUACCUUCACCCGGAACCGUUCAGUAUCGAGAAUAAUCUGUUGACGCCAACACUGAAAGCUAAACGUCCCGCGUUGAAGGAGUACUUCAAGCAGCAGAUUGCUCAAAUGUACGUGGCACUCAGCUGA